AUGUGCCGUUGGUGCGGAGUCGCAGCGAUCAGUGCAGUGGUCGUUGCACCACUCUCCGAUCCAAUCUUUAUCUGGAAGGACAGCAGCAUGUCCUUCACCGAAUAUGGGCAGGGCACGAUCAAGAUCUGGAAGACGCAUGACGAGCGUAAGCUUCAAUCUACUAUACCAGGGUCAAUCGUUCACGCUGCCCCAGCAGGUUCCACGAGCUCUUCCGAGACUGAGACUUCUUCCGUGGAUAAAAGUGUUCUACCAGACGGUUUUGAUAAAGAACUACUCUUAGGAGACGCGUCGUCAGAAGAUGAAGUUGUUGGCCCCUCUCAUGCCGAGGCACCUGUUAGCCCCAUCAAAGAGGAACCGCGAUUACCCAAGAGCUGCAUUUGCAGGGAGUCGCAGAUAGCAGCCAGUCAACCGGCCAAGAAGGUGCGGUGGGUCCCUCUCCCCUAUCGCCCGUUCGCCGACCAGAUGUUUGCAAGGACGUCGUCUAUGACAACUUUCCCCGCCCCGACCGAAGAAGAGAGAGAAAGGAGGAAGACCGCAAAAAAAUUGCGCGAAGAGACACGACGCCAAUUACAGGAGGGCAAAGGACUUAUGGAUCAGCCGGUAUUUAAGAUGCGAUGA